AUGUUUGGUGUAGCCACCACUGAGGAAGCUUUGGCCCUGUGUCCGAAUGGAUUUGUCCGACACGAUGACUCCUGUUACCACAUCCUUAGAAUUCAGGCCACUUGGGCAGAGGGCAGGAUGUAUUGUCAUGCUUAUGGAACCAAACUGGUCAGCAUCGAAACCCAAGAAGAAAACGCAUUUCUUGUUCAUUACCUGAAAAGUAUUCAUGGGCAGUUCCAUUCACCGAGAUUCUGGAUAGGAGCAACAGACAUUGCAGAAACUGGUACAUUUAUAUGGGAAGGGACUCAGGUCCGCCUUGACGCAGGAUUUACUAAUUACCGUGGCGGAUCUCCGGAUAACGGGGGAGACGAUUCUGAUGAGCACUGCAUGGAAAUGACGUAUGAUUACAACUACGAGUGGAAUGACAAUCAGUGCGACAAUAAAUUUUAUCCGAUCUGCGAGAAAAGUGCAAAAGAGACAGACAUGAUAAUUGGAUAAUAAAGUAUGUUUACAAAAG